CCUCGCAACACCAUGUCCACCCACCCAAAGUGGUUCAAAGGGGCGCCCUUCGGGGUGCAGAGCCACAGGUUUGAUGUCUCUGCUGUUUAUCCCAACCAGAAGAAAUUAAGCACCUUCACAGAGGCCCCGUACUCCAGGCAUUAUUCUGUGGAUCAGUCCCAUAUAGGACCUGGGACCUAUAACUCCAAGGAUACCUGCUUCAGCAAGAAGUUUCUGGAACAGAAGAUGGGCUCAGGCUGGGCUCGGGCCCAGGAAGCCACUCGACUAACCCAGCUACCCCACUUCCAGUACCGAAGUAUCAUGAAGGAAAGACAGCAGCAGGUGCACAAGCUGGGACCUGGCUCUUACAACUUCAAAGACUUCUUGACCCAGAUGCAGGAGAAACCACAGAGCAAGCGGGGACUGCUCAGCUCUGGGGAGAUGCGCUUCCGAGGACUCAUCGGGAACUAUUAUCCAGGCCCUGGAAAUUAUGGGGAGAAGGGUAACCCAUACACACGGCUGGAGGAGAAUGCCUGGAACCGCUCACAUUCCGAGGGCCUUAUGUGUAGGAUGUCCAACAAGCCACCACCCCUGUCUCACCAGGGCAGUGGCCUGGGACCUGGUACCUACACCAUCAAAAGUGGCAUCGAGAGCUUCGUGAACCGAUCCACUGGUACUCGUGGCCCCUACGACAUUUUCUCUGGUGACCGAAGCAAGCCUAUACCCUACGGACAUUAUUCCAUGCAGAGAAAGAAGUCCAGGGAGCUGACAAAUUUCAAGAGCUUCGUGGAGGAACUCAACUCACAACACAACAAGAAGCGUGGCACUUUUUCAAAACUUCCCCGAGAACCGAAACACCCCACGGAGAGAAUUUUUUGGACUACUCUUAGUCAGUACCCCAGAAAUCUGGAUAUAGCUGGCCCUGGUUCUUAUCUUCCUCAUGAGACGGAACAGAAACACGUCAACCGGCCGCCAUUCCUCCUGGCCUCCAAGCGGUCAGGCAAUAAGGCCUACCAGAUGUUUUUGGGAAACUGGAACCCAGUUGGGGUAGGCCGCUACCUCAACACCACACUGAUGGAGACCAAAGACAGAAGGCAGCGAUUCCGCUCUCUGUUCCUGAACGGAGCCAAGCGCUACCCGGAUGACCCAAUCCGAGACAGACACUUGCAGGAACGGAUCACACCUUUUACGAAGGGCAAGUGCCCUCCAACUGUGGAUUACAAUUCAGAUCCUACUCCUUAA